AUGGACACUGAUGGCUACAAUGACGCGAAUCGCGCCUUUCUACAGGCCUUCAUGGGCCGCUCCUCCAUGACCCUCGAAGACGCCCAACCAAUCCUCGCAGCCAUCCUCUCCACCCAUGAGCGCCGAACCGUCGACCCCGAAGACAUAACCCAAGAACACUUCACAUCCUACAUCUCCGCCGCCAACACCGCCAUAUCUCCCUUCGACCUCGAAAUAAGAAGCACCCUCCGUCAAACCCAACCAGAUCCCUCCACCACCAAUGGCAAUACUACAGAAACUACCCCAGACCGAGUCUACGCCCUAGUAAACACAACCAGCGACCCAAUAACCCAACUAUCAACAACCUACACAGCCGACGAAAUCGCCUUCGUAAAACGCAUCCUAGACUUCAUGUUCGACACAAACAACACACGCCUUUGCGAAGGAAUGGCCAUAUCCUCGAUCCAAGCAAUCCAACAAGCGAAAGUCUCCGCCCUGGACAGACGCCACUCGGAGAACCCAGCAACACAAGCAACCCAAGGCGGCGCAGCGCAAAGUCUCAGCAUGACGCAAGCAGAAAGCAUGAUGCGCAAUCUCGUGGACGAGGGUUGGCUAGAGAAGAGCCAGGCAGGAAUUUUCAGUCUAACGCCGCGCGCGCUGAUGGAGCUGAGAAGCUGGUUGAUUUCGACGUAUAAUGAUGAUGAUGGGAACUCGCGGCGCGCGGGGAGGAUUAAGUUUUGCGCCGCUUGUAAGGAUAUUGUUACGGUGGGUCAACGGUGUGGCGAACGGGAUUGUAAGGGCAGACUGCAUGAUCACUGUGUUCGCAAUUUCUUUCGCGUGCAGCAGGCAGAGAAAUGCCCUGUUUGCAAGCAGGAUUGGCCGGGCGAUAAAUUUGUUGGGGAGAGGGCUAUUGCGGCGUCGAAUCGGCGGCAGAGUCGAAAUGUGAAUUCGCAUUCGAAUGCGAGUGCGAGUGCGGAUGUGUCGCGGGAGAGUGCGUCGCAGUCGAGUCCUGUACUCGGAGGCGUGGAUGGGGCUGAUGAUGACGAUAAUGAUGAGGAAGAAGAGGAGGAUGGAUCGGACGAGGAGUGA